AUGUCUGUUCUCCCUGCCGAGGUGCAGGGAGCCUUGACUCGGCUCCUCCAAGCUCUCUCCUCUCCCGACAACACGCUGCGCACGCAGGCCGAAGACCAGUUGAAUAAUGAUUGGACUCCAAACCGUCCGGAUAUGCUGUUGAUGGGCUUGGUGGAACAAAUACAGGCUGCUCAAGACCCAUCGACACGGUCCUUCGCGGCAGUAUUAUUUCGCAAACAGGCCUCCAAAUCGCGGAAAAGUCCUGCCACGGGCGAAACCAAAGAACUUUUUCUGACACUCAGCACGGAGGCCAAAGGUGCCAUACGCUCCAAAUUGUUAGAGGGCCUUGCCAGAGAGCAGGUCAACCACGUUCGAAACAAAAUCGGAGAUGCCAUCGCUGAAAUUGCACGACAAUAUGUCGACGCAGGUGAGCUAUGGAUGGAACUGCUGGCGGCUUUGUUCCAAGCAAGCCAGUCCAAUGAUGCGGGCAUGCGUGAAUGUGCUUUCAGAAUAUUUUCCACAACCCCGGGCAUUAUUGAAAAACAACACGAAAGUGCAGUCCAAGAGGUAUUUGGGAAGGGCUUCAAGGAUAGCAGCGUCGAAGUUCGACUGUCCGCGAUCGAAGCAUUCGCCUCGUUCUUCCAUUCCAUCACCAAAAAGACACAGCCGAAAUACUACGCCUUGAUCCCCGAGAUUCUCAACAUCCUCCCACCGUUGAAAGAGGCUGGAGAUACCGACAACCUGUCCAAGGCGUUUGUGUCCCUCAUUGAACUCGCCGAAGCUGCCCCCAAAAUGUUCAAAGGCCUGUUUGGGAGCCUGGUCAAGUUCAGUAUUUCCGUUAUCCAAGAGAAGGAUCUGGGUGACCAGACACGACAGAAUGCUCUGGAACUGAUGGCUACAUUCGCGGAAUGGGCUCCCGCCAUGUGCAAAAAGGAUCCAAACUACACCAAUGACAUGGUUACUCAAUGUCUCAGCUUGAUGACUGAUAUCGGAAUCGAUGACGAUGAUGCUGCAGAAUGGAAUGCCAAUGAAGACCUUGACAUGGAAGAAAGCGACAUGAAUCACGUCGCAGGCGAGCAGUGCAUGGAUCGACUGGCGAACAAGCUGGGUGGACAGGCGAUGCUGCCUGCAACCUUUACCUGGUUGCCCCGAAUGAUGCACUCGGCCUCGUGGAGGGAUCGCCAUGCGGCCUUGAUGGCUAUUUCAGCCAUCUCUGAAGGAUGCCGAGAUCUGAUGAUUGGCGAACUUGACAAAGUUCUCGAACUUGUCGUACCCUCGUUGAGAGACCCUCAUCCUCGUGUCAGGUUUGCAGGGUGCAACGCUCUCGGACAAAUGAGCACCGACUUUGCUGGACCGAUGCAAGAAAAGUAUCAUCAAGUGGUCCUGACCAACAUCAUACCUGUCCUGGAGGCUCCCGAGCCUCGUGUUCAAGCCCAUGCAGCGGCAGCACUGGUCAACUUUUGCGAAGAGGCGGAGAAGUCCAUUUUAGAGCCCUACCUGGAUCAAUUGCUCGGCCAUCUUUUGCAGCUCCUGCAGUCACCGAAACGUUACGUUCAAGAACAAGCAUUGUCCACGAUUGCCACGAUUGCCGAUUCCGCCGAGACAGCCUUCAUUCGAUAUUAUGAUACUUUGAUGCCUCUUCUUUUCCGUGUUCUGCAAUCCGAACAAUCGAAAGAGUACAGAUUACUCCGGGCCAAAGCAAUGGAAUGUGCCACUCUCAUUGCCCUUGCGGUUGGAAAAGAAAAGAUGGGCCAGGACGGCAUCAACCUCGUGCAAACCCUGGGUAAUAUCCAGCAAAAUAUCUCAGACGAUGACGAUCCACAGUCACAGUACCUUCUUCAUUGCUGGGGAAGAAUGUGUCGAGUGCUGGGCUCUGAUUUCGUUCCGUAUCUGCCGGGCGUCAUGCCACCGUUGCUCGAGUUGGCAUCUGCGAAGGCCGAUAUCCAACUGAUCGACAGUGAAGAAGAUGCGCUAGAUCAAGAUGAUGGCUGGGAAUUGGUCCCUUUGAAAGGCAAAGUCAUCGGAAUUAAGACACAAACGCUCGAGGACAAAAACACUGCCAUCGAACUGAUCACAAUCUAUGCGCAAAUUUUGGAGGCCGAUUUUGAGCCUUACGUGGCCGACAUUGCCGAACGAAUCGCUCUACCUGGGUUGGCAUUCUUCUUCCAUGAUCCUGUUCGGGUGGCCUCUGCGAAAUUGAUUCCUCAAUUGCUAAAUUCAUACAAAAAGCGUUUCGGAGAUCAAUCACAACAACUAAUGGAAUUGUGGGCCAAGUGUUGUGAAAAAGAGAUUGAGAUCCUCAGCGCUGAACCAGCAAUUGAUACAUUGGCCGAAAUGUUCCAGUGCUUUUACGAAAGUGUCGAGGUAGUUGGCAAGAACUGCUUGACACAGGAGCAUAUGGAAGCAUUCAUCCAGUCAGUCAAAUCAACCCUGGAAGAAUUUCAGAAGCGCGUUCAAGAGCGGGCCGAAGAAAAAGCCGAAUCCGCCCUGCAGGGUGUGGAUGAAGAUGAUGACUCGUUAUCGGUGCAAUACGCCAUUGAGGAUGACCAGACAUUGUUGUCCGACAUGAACAAGGCUUUCCACACCAUCUUCAAACACAUGGGUGUUAAUUUCCUGGGUCCGUGGCAGAGGUUGAUGCCAUUCUAUGACGCCUUCAUCACUAAUAGUGACCCCACUCAACGUCAAUGGGCAAUCUGCAUUAUGGACGACGUUCUCGAGUUUUGUGGUCCACAAUCCUGGCAAUACAGCGAUCAUAUUAUUCAACCACUGAUCAACGGUAUGAGAGACGAAACCGCCGCAAAUCGCCAAGCUGCCGCUUAUGGAGUCGGUAUCGCUGCUCAAAAAGGUGGUGAGCAAUGGGCAGACUUUGUGGCCGCCAGUCUCGAAACUCUGUUCCAGAUCACGCAGGUGCCCAAUGCCAGAGGUGAUGACGAUGUCUUCGCCACGGAAAAUGCCUGCGCCGCAAUUGCGAAGAUUCUCCAUUUCAAUUCUUCCAAAGUUCCCAAUCCGCAGCAAGUGGUUGAGCAGUGGAUCGAUACUCUGCCUGUUGUCAAUGACGAGGAAGCAGCUCCAUAUGCUUACUCCUUCGUUGCCCAACUCAUUGACCAGCAAAAUCCCGCGGUGUUUGCCAAAGCACAACAAGUAUUCCAUCAUAUUGCAUUGGCACUCGAGGCUGAGAUGAUCCAAGGUCAAACAGCAAAGAAGGUCGCCGAGAGCGCCAAAAAUAUGGUCACGCAAACUGGCAUCAACGCUGAUCAGGUCCUCCAAUCUCUAUCGCCAGAUGGGCAGGCGACUGUACGGAGCUAUUUUUCGUGA